GCAUUGAGAGUGUAUACAGAGAGAAUGCCUGAAAGGAACACUCUGUUUUCAUACACAGGAUCACCAUACUCUCUGCUUCACAAUGUGUUGUUUAACAGCUCCUUUCAGGAUGAGGAUGAAGAACUCUUAUCUGAUGACUCUGAUGGACCCACAACUCGUACUGACUCAACAAGCACUUCCCUCACUGGCUCCACUGUAACAAUAACAACCAGCAUCAACACCCUGCACACUGAAGAUGAUAAUCAGGUUUAUCCUCAAGACUCUUUUGACUCCGAGUCAGAAUCAGAGUCCUCGGCGUCUGAACAAGACUCACCAAUCCCAGACAGAUCACCAGUCUGCAGUCCAAAACAUGUUCUGUACCCAUCAAAUGAUGAGGAAAUCACAGAGCUGGGAGAGAUGGGAAGUACAUUGUGCAGUAAGAAAGAUGAAGAAGAAAGAGAUAAAUUCAUCCCUUCAUCCAGGAACGAGACAGAGAAAUAUAAAGUGAGUCGAACACUUAGCUUCCUGAGGAGCCGCAUGGUCAACACCAAAAUAAAAAACAAGGUAAAUGCAAAGGUUGGUUCAGCCCUGCACCAGCUCUGCUCACCACAGCAGCCUCUUAAUGCAGCUUGUGAACUGUGUGAGCAAAAUAACAGUGACGAACUCCUGCAGUGCACAUGUGAGUGUUAA